AUGUUGCAAACCCGUGGUUACCUUGCCUUGCUAGCACUGAUCCUACUUGGUCCAAGCUCUUCAGAAGGAUCUGUGCAUGAUAGUCCACAAAUCUUGGUAGGUCAAGAAGAACCGGAAUAUUCUCCAGUCAAUAAUGGAAGUUUAAACAGAAAUCUUGUAACUCAGGAAAUAUUUCUGAAAGAAAAGUUCAACGCUUUUGAAAGAUUCGGAAACAAGAAGAAUCAAGAUUUCUUGAGAAAUUUCACAAUACCUUUGUUCGAAAAACCAGUCGUGACGUCUAGCGGUAAAACAGCGCAGUUUGAUCCAGUCAAAAAGGCAGAUUUGAGGGGGGGAAAAUCACCGAUGAAGAAAGCAGAAUUUUCGCCAUCAUAUGCCGUGUUCCUCUUGGAGCUAAUAAUGAUUCUCUCAAGCAAUGUGUUUGCACACAUGGUCAGAACUUACAAGAACUCUGUUCCUCACAUUCAAGUAAAUAUCAUCAUUGUCAUCAGUCACUACAUCGUAGAACUCGCAAAUGCUUUGUUAACCUUUCAGGGAAGUUUUAUGAUGUACUGCUCCGUAAUUUCCCAUAUUCCAAUGUUUGUCGCGAUGUCCCUGAACUUGAUGAUGGAUGCUGUUGGAUUCAUCAGUGUUGGGCUCGCAGUUGAGAUGGCGAUACUAAAAGUGAUAGCAGUGAUCAAGUUUGAUCGGUUUCUUGGUUAUGAUCCGAUGUCAACUGCCAAAUGGGUUGUUUUUUUCAACUGUAUUCUUUAUCUUCCUCCAAUCCUGACACUACAGUACCUGCACAUCAGUUCAGGUUAUGUUACACCAAUGAAUGCUUACUUGACUGGUCUAAAGGUUUCCAAAGGAUUAAGUCCCUCCACUGUACUACUAGCUGUACAUGCAGGGGUUGCAAGCUUAAUCAUGUUUCUCUCUAACAUGUACAUCAACUACUACCUAGACAAACACCACAGCGCAAAGCUCUCCUGGGCAGAGAGAAAUAAUCCUUCAAAGAAAGCGUUCAACCUGAAGGGACUGCUUAUCAGUGUACUGAUGAUAUUCACAACUCUUCUUGUUCUCAUAUUUUUUCAACAGAAAGAACACGAGUUCCCAGCAGGGGCUUUAAUGCUCAGUCUUCUCGCUACAUUGAUCAAUUUCUACUUUGCGCAGAAGAGUCAAAUAGUCGAAUAUUUUGAGUUUUAUCUGAAGAAAAAUUUCAAAGUUUGUAGACUCUCUCCUUUUCCUGUUUCUCUCAGGAUUGGUCCCCAACCUUACGCUAUUGAACCUUGAAGCUAUAUUCCAUGUGUCCUCCUCUAAACAUUAGGAUUUAAAGGGACUGUAACCAAAGAUUUAAGUGACCCUUCAUGCAAAGAUGACAAUUUCCGUUUUGCAAUGGUACCCUUGAAACUUUAAUCUGAUCAAAAUUGUGAAAGAAAUCGUUGUUUUUCUCGAAAAGUGUGUUUUGCGUUGAGUUUUUCCAUUGCUUCUUAAGGACAAAGAAUGCAGAGAAAACAGAAAGAAACAUUUUAGAGAAAAUCAAUGAUAUCUAAGUUUUCAAUGUUACAGUUGUAAAUCUGACAUAGUCAUCUUUGCAUGGGAUUGGGGGGUACCUUGAAAUUACGCUUACAGUCCCUUUAAAGGGGAUUGUUCACCUAUUUUAAGAUACCAGGCUUUUAGGGAGAUUCGCGCCCAUCUUCUAUUUCAAUUGUGAACACAUUCUCUUUGUAUACAUUAUAAAACAAA